UUGACAGUUGCGGACACGUGCUGCCCGAACUUUGUCAAACCGUUCAUUUAAGUCAGAAUGACAGAGGAGAACCCGCUCGAUCCCGCCGGUACCGAGCCUGAGGUGCCGGCGGAGGAGCAGGAGGUGUCGGGACAGGAGCAGGAGCAGGAGGCACCGCGGAAGGAGAACGGGGACUGCUCGGAGAAGCUCCCGGAGAAGCCGCCAGCCCCGGCAGAGGAAGCGGGGUUCGUGCACCCGGAGGGCGGCUGGGGCUGGGUGGUCAUGCUGAGCUCCAUGUGGUGUAACGGAACCGUGUUCGGGAUCCAGAACUCUUUUGGUUUGCUGUUCGUGGAACUUCUAAAGAGGUUCGGCUCCGAGAACGACGCAGACCUGCGCUUCAGAGCAUCAUGGGUGGGCUCCCUCGCCAUGGGCAUGAUCUUCUUCUGCUCCCCUAUUGUCAGCAUCUUCACCGAUAUUUUUGGCUGCAGGAUCACGGCAGUAGGUGGCGCCGCAAUCGCCCUGGUCGGCCUGCUGGCCAGCUCCUUCGUUGAGUCCCUUGGCCUCAUGUACUUCACCUACGGCGUGGUCUUUGCCUGCGGCUGCUCGUUCUCCUACCAACCCAGCCUCGUCAUCCUGGGUCACUACUUCAAGAAGCGCCUCGGUCUGGUGAACGGCAUCGUGACAGCCGGCAGCAGCUUCUUCACCAUCCUCAUGCCUUACGUGCUCUCUGGGCUGCUCAGCAGCUUGGGCUUUCAGAACACCUUACGGGUUCUCUGCACCCUAAUCUUUGUUCUGGUUCUGGCUGGCUUCAGCUACCGGCCCCUGCUACCCCCCAAACCCAAGAGCUCCCAAAGUGGACAGUCUCGCCUGAGACAGGUCUUCAACACUAACAUUUGGAAGUCUGUGGGAUAUCGCAUCUGGGCCUUUGGAAUACCUGCAGCCCUCUACGGGUAUUUUGUACCCUACGUCCACCUGAUGAAGCAUGUAGAGGAGCGUUUUGGUGCCGACACCAACAAAGAGGUUCUGCUCAUGUGCAUCGGGAUCACUUCCGGAAUCGGGAGGCUCAUCUUCGGCCACGUCGCAGAUUACGUCAAAGGAGUCAACAAGGUGUUCCUGCAGGUGUCUUCUUUCAUCGUCAUUGGCGUCAUGUCAAUGAUGAUCCCGCUGUGUAACAUCUUCGGCGGGCUGAUUGCCGUCUGCCUCCUGAUGGGGCUGUUUGACGGCUGCUUCAUCUGCAUCAUGGCGCCCAUCGCCUUCGAGCUGGUCGGAGCUGAAGAUGUGUCCCAGGCCAUCGGCUGCCUGCUGGGCCUCAUGUCUGUGCCCAUGGUUGCUGGUCCCCCAAUCGCAGGUUUUCUCAGGGAUAAACUGGGCAGCUAUGACGUGGCCUUCUACCUGGCAGGAAUCCCCCCUCUCAUCGGGGGUAUUUUGCUGUGCUUCAUUCCCUGGGUGGAGCUCAAGCGGAGAAGGGCGGAGAAGAAGGAGGCCCAGAGCAAAGAUCGGGACGUCACCCAGAAGAUGAUAGAGCACGGGAAGACACAGGAAGAGGCUAAAAGCAAAGAGUUGGACUCAGUUGUGUGAGCGGCCCCUUUAUAGACUGACAGACUCCUGCAGGUCAGAUGGAGGCGGAGCUACAAAAAAUGCUGCACCUGUGAGUUUAAAGCCAAAAAACAAAGUGCCUUCAGAAGGACUAAAUUCACCUGUAGUGAGACAUACCAGUAAUGAGCUGGGGUAAAGUUUGAGUGUGGUCCAGAAGGACUGAGUCUUACAUCGAGCAAACUUGAAAUUUUCAAAAUAAAAUAGGGAAAAGUGUGUAAUUUUGCUGUGAAGAAAGCUGCUGAUCCAGUUUAUAGGAUCUGUCCGGAUCAUCCCUGUGUGCUGCUGUUAUUCAGACAUGAGGAGCAUCUUCUUUGUGCAUCAUCUCAAUCCUUGAAAUCUUCUAAUGUUCACGCGGCGGUCCGACAUCUGCAAGGACGCUUCAAGAAUCAGGUUGUGGAGUUACAUUCCAUCUUAGAUGCUGACAAAGAACCCAAAGAACUCUCAUGUCCUUUUUUAUCAGGGCACAAAAUAAACCUCAUGUUCUCCAACGAUCUUAAACUAAAACGAAUUUAGUCUUAAUUCAAUGAACAAGACUAAGAAACAAUGGGUUAAGCAUUCGGUCCAGAUCCUCCAUUCGCAGGAAAAACUCUAUUAGGACCAUUUCCUGUAUGAUGAAGUCGCUCUCUCAUAUGAUUGUGGAGAAAUUUUGGCCCCAAAUUAGGCAGUUUUAGUGGAAUUCAGCUGCGCUGUUGUGUGCUUUUCAUCAGGGACUCUAACACUUAGUCUAGAAAACACUAAGGCUUCACUUCUUCUUCUGCAGUCUAAACAUUUUUUUUGUGGUUCCUUUUUUUUCACGACAGAUGCGGAACCGAAAGGGAAACUUCUUAUUUCCUCAGCCCUAUAUAUAUAUAAAAAUAGGGAAUUUUGAAGAUGAUGUUAGUGCCAUUAUAUAUUCCCGAUUGGACAAAUAUCCUCAUUUUGAUGAAGUGUUCCUUUAUUGUCUGUGUCAUCGACCUCAUAGUAACUGAUAGGAAAACCACUGCGUUUCGCCAUGGCAACAACCGAUACCAGCUGCUUCAGGAGGACCAAAAACAAAGGAAGUAUUCAUUUCAUGGCACAUCUGUGCUCUUUGUAGAGUUCAGUUCAAACUGGUCUUAAACUCAAACGAUUUUGCUUGUAUUUAAGUUUUUAUCUGUGUGAAGAAUGUUGUAUUUGUACCCUCAAGCCUUAAAUAAUUUUUGCUGAAGACCAAAAUGUGCUGAAAAGAAAUCUCUCUUUUGAAUUGUGUGGAACUACUUGUUGGACAACAGAGUGUCCCCUGGUGGCUGCUGCUUUUUCUGCAUCUCUGGGAUAUAAAGCAGCUUGAGGAGAGUAAAUGUGAUCAUUCUGAGCCUCAACAAACCCUUGUUUUAAAGUCCCACUCCCCAUUUCCCAUCAUCCCUAUGUUUACACUCUCUCCAGCUAGCUUACAGCCCUCACAACCCCAAGCUAACGUUAGCGGUGCAACAAAAAUGGUGAGCAAUACCAGAUUUGUCGUCUACAAGUAGAUGCAUUGGGAUGGAGCAAAGCUUAUGGACUGCUAAUUGUAGUUUGUACUUAACCACUACGAACUUUUUCAAACUGUAUUUUAUCUUCUCGCCCUGAUUUUCAUCAUGCGAGAAAUGCCACAAGGACAAGUUAAAAACACCAAAAAUACCAUUUUUUAUUGGAGUGGGUCUUUAAGAUUGAACCAAAAAGAAGAGACAUUUUAAAGGCAGAACUGUCUCUUCUCUUAACACACUUUGACACCAAAGAACUUUUUAUCACUUUAUCGAUUCUGCCGUCCUUUGUGCAUAUGACAAUCAUUUGUUUAUCCCCAUUUAAGCAACAAUUUAAAAAAAAAAUUUCAACGUGAUUUUUUUUUUAAAUAAUCUGUUCCACUUAAAUAGAAAGUAAAAUCAUUUUUAAAAAUUGCUGUUUUAAUGAAACUUAAACAUUUGGCAACUUUUUGGGUCUUUUUGACAUCUCUGCUUCUACGCAUGUUUAAGACUUUGUAUAGUUUUCUUUCUUUUUUUGUUGAGUAUCUUAUUCCAUCAUUUUAUUACUUCAGAUGAUGGAAUUAAAACAAACCAACUUAACUUGUUUUGCAAUUUUUUUAUCCAUUUGUGUGAUAUAUAUGUUUAUGUUUGUUUAAAUCAUAUUUAGAAUGAUAACUAUGCAUUUGGCUCAGUUGCAGACUUUGUAACAAACAGUAUAUGUACACUUCAUGUAAGCAUCAGUUUUCACUAAUUUCAAUAAAAUAAAAAGUUGUUA